CUUAUGAUUUCGUCAAGUUCAUUUUAGAAUGACGGAGUAUGGUUAUAUAGAUAAUAGAUAUGAAUAUUUGUUGAUUUAUAAUAUUCCAAGGCAAAUAAGAACACCUCAACUUAGAUUAUAUUUUUCAAAUUACAUUGAGACCAAUGCAUUCCUCUGUUUUCAUUAUAAACAUAGAAAUAAUUUAGUGAAAAACUUAACUAAUACAAAAAACGUAUGCUGUUGUUUUAUUAAAUUAAGAUUAACUUUUAUUGCACAAUUUAUUAAUGAUUUUCAUAACCAUAAUUGGAUUGAUAGAUAUGGUAACAUAUUAGAUAAAAGAUGUCAAAUCAUGCCAAUUAAUGAAAAAACUAUGAAGAAUUUAAGUGAUGAUAGUAUUAUUAAGCUCCAAGAUAUUUCCAAUCUUCCUGAAAUGAAUCCCCCCUUCAUUAUCCCAUUUGGGAAUGUAGGAACACCCACAGAAUAUUUAUACAAAAAAAUAGAAGAAUGUAAGAUGCCAACACAACUUAUUUCAAGAUUAGGCUUAAAGUUUUCAGUUAAAGAUGAUUAUAUAAAAGAAUAUGGAAAUGUUGGGAUGACUUAUAAAGAUAAUCUUAAAUCUCACUAUACUAAAGAAUCUGAAAUAUGUAGAAACCUAAAAAUAUCGUUACUAGACACUUUUGGUAAUAACCUUGCAGAUACAAAUAUAUACCCAAAAAAGACCUUGUUUCAUAGAAAAAUGGCUUAUUCAAACAAUAUUUAUGACUCAAAUUCAAACAAUGGCAAUAUGGAUAAUAAAAAUUCUGAAUCGGAAGAAGAAUGGGAUAGACAUUGUAGCCUUCGUGAUGAUGUUGACAAACAAGACAGAAUUAAGGAAAGAUUAUUUGAAACAGAUAAAGAAAUAACUUGGGAAAAGGGUGGUUCCGGUUUAGUUUGGUACACUGAUGCAGCUUAUUGGGAUGCACUAGAAGGCAAAGGAAAUGUAUUCGAAGAACGUUGUCCUGACGAUUGGGAUAUUGAUAUGUCUGUUUACGAUAAUCCAAAUACCAGCGAUAAAGACGCUAGAGAUCUUUUAUCAAUCCGCAUAAAAGAUAAUGGCGGUGUUGAUUGUUGGGCCCCUGAGCGGUAUAAUUUACCCCCUGAUUACCGUUUCGAUAAGCGGAAGAAUUACGAAAAUCGUUUUCCUAAAACGUCAAAGCCUAAAUACAUUGAAGAGACAUACGAAUCGCACGUUGUUAAAGGUAAAGGAAGGGAACUUAUUGAAAAAAUAGGCUGGAAACAUGGACAGGGAUUGGGAAAAGAUAACAAGGGUAUUCUUCAACCUGUACCAAUUGAAGGAAAAGGUUCCGACGCUAAAUCAGGAUUAGGCUAUACUGGGACCGUUAUCAAUAGAAAUAGAAAUGUCUACAGUUAUAAUGAUAAUACUAUCGAAACAAAGCCCGUAAUACAGAGAUACCAUACCAAAAAACAUAUCAAUAUAAUAUCAACUAUCUAUGACCAAAAACCAAAAUAUCCAUCGCCAAUUGAGUUAUCAUAUAAAUCACAGAAUAAUUAUAUCAAAUAUAUCGAUUAGCUAUUAUUAAUAGCUGUA